AUGGAGCGAGCGAGCGUUCUGUUACUGCUGCUGGCGGCGUCGGCCGCGCGGGCCCAGCGGGCGCCGCUGCGUGGCGGCGCCGACUUUGACGACGGUUUCGACGCCGAGGGAUGUCCGCCGUGCGACCGGACGGCGUGUCCGUCGGCCACGUGUCCGGCGGGACGGGUGCUGGCGGGGCCGUGCUUCUGCUGCCACGUGUGCGCCCUGGAGGAGGGCCAGACGUGCUUCAACAGGUCCAUCAGGGGCCUGCCGCCCCCGCUCUCAGGACGACCCUUCCUGCCCUGCGGCGAGAACCUCGAGUGCCUCCUCAGGAAGGACCUCGCACCCAGGGACGUCCCUGAGGCGUUGUGUACGUGCAAGCAGUCGGAAUCAGUUUGCGGCAGCGACGACCAGACCUACGAGAACAUGUGCCAGCUGCGCGAGGCCGCCGUGCGGGACAACCACCGCUCCGGCCCUCUCACCAUGAAGAACUGGGGCCCCUGCAUGUCAGUUCCCGACAUCACGGGUCCUCCAGACGACACGUCUGGACCGCUGCACAGCGAAGUGGCGCUCGGCUGCGAGGCCAAGGGAAAUCCCAUUCCGGACAUCCACUGGGAGUUCCGCGGGGACAACGGCGACAGGAGGAACUUGCCCAGUGACGACCAGUCAGUGUCUGUGCAAGUCCGCGGCGGUCCUGACGCGUACAUGGUGACGUCGUGGGUGCAGAUAAUGAACCUUCAGGUCAACUACACCGGCACCUACACCUGCGUGGCGACCAACGAGCUGGGCGCUUCCAGGGCGGAAGCGCACAUCGGCGUCUACUUGCACUGAAUUAAAUAAAUGUAUUAACUAACCGCUUUUAAAGAAAUAACAGAUGUGCGUGCGUGUGUAAGAUUUUUGUAUUUUUCCACUUAAGAAUUACAAUAUAUAAUAACAAUGGCUUAGAUUUAUGUGCUGCAAACAUAGACAAUAAAAGUAGAAAAGAAAGUUUAAAAUAA